AUGAGACGAUCUGUAGCACCAAGUCAGUUGCAGGGGAAUCCUUCGAAAAAACUGAAAUUUGUGCCACCAGGAAGAAGUAAUCCAAGUAUAAAUGAAGAGAUUGCAAAGCCGAGUCCACAUAUAAAAUUAUUUGAGGGAACAAACCGGGAAGAGCCACCGGGUCAGGGGCUCGGAAGGGAAGGGAGGCAGGCUGUGGGACGCGGUCUGUCGGAGCCGCUGUCGGAAGCGAGGGAUGCUCCCGCUGCUGAACCCCGGGGUGGCUUCCAGCGGAGGCGGAGCUUGAGGGACAUCAACCUUUUCACUGCUCAGCGCUUUCUUAUGGAAGAGUUUGUAGUUCAUUCGGCCUCAACAGAGCUAACAAUGUCCAAGGCAAAAGAAGAGGAAACUGACAAUCUGGUUAAAUAUUUCAGUGUUGUUUGGUGUAAGGCUUCAAAAAAAAAACAUAAAAAGUGGGAAGGUGAUGCUGUUCUUAUUGUAAAAGGCAGAUCACUUACUUUAAAGGACUUGGAAGGCAAAGACAUUGGAAAAGGUAUUGGAUAUAAAUUCAAAGAUCUUGAAAAGAUUGAUGAUGGUCAAACGCUGAUGAUUGGUGGAAAAGAAAUAGAAGUCAUGGGUAUAAUCUCUCCAGAUGACUUCAACAGUGGCCAGUGUUUUCAGUCUGGAGGAGGAAGUCCUGCUAUUUCAAGUUCUUUUCAGACUGCCAAGAAGUGUUUCUCUAACCCUUUCAAAAGUGUCUGUAAACCAGAUUCAAAGAAAAAUACACUGAAUGAUUUCCAAAAUUGCAAACCACGCCAUGACCCAUAUGCACCAAAUUCCCUUGUUAUGCCGCGUCCAAACAAGACUCUUCAGUGGAUGUUCAAUAAGAAUUGUUGCCCUGUUGUGGAUGUAGUGAUAGAUCCUCAUCUUGUAUGUCAUCUGCGACCACAUCAGAAAGGAGGAAUCAUAUUCCUUUAUGAAUGUGUGAUGGGAAUGAGAAUGAGCGGCAGAUCUGGAGCUAUUCUUGCUGAUGAAAUGGGCUUAGGGAAAACACUGCAGUGCAUUUCCCUCAUCUGGACUCUCCAGUGUCAGGGGCCUUAUGGAGGCAAGCCCGUGAUAAAGAAGACCCUGAUCGUCACACCUGGAAGCUUGGUGAAUAAUUGGAGGAAGGAAUUUCAGAAAUGGCUGGGAAGUGAGAGGAUCAAGAUAUUUACUGUCGAUCAGGACCACAAAGUGGAAGAAUUUAUCAAUUCUCCAUUAUAUUCUGUUCUUAUCAUCAGCUAUGAAAUGUUGCUUCGCUCUCUGGAGCAAAUGAAGAAUAUAAAAUUUGAUCUUCUAAUCUGUGAUGAAGGGCAUCGUUUAAAGAACAGUGCCAUUAAGACAACUGCAGCCCUCACUAGUCUCUCAUGUGAGAAAAGAAUCAUUCUAACUGGUACUCCAGUGCAAAAUGAUUUGCAAGAAUUUUUUGCCCUAAUUGAUUUUGUAAAUCCAGGCAUAUUAGGUUCUUUGUCAUCCUAUAAAAAAGUAUAUGAAGAACCGAUCAUUAUAUCUAGACAACCUACUGCUUCUGAGGAAGAAAAGAAUUUAGGAGAGAGAAGAGCAGCUGAACUUACUCGGCUCACUGGUCUUUUUAUCCUUAGAAGGACCCAGGAAGUCAUAAAUAAAUAUCUUCCACCAAAAAUAGAGAAUGUGGUCUUUUGCCAGCCAGCAGCACUACAGAUUGAACUUUAUAGAAAGCUGUUGAAUUCCAAGGCUGUCAGGUUCUGUCUUCAAGGAUUUUUGGAAAACAGUUCUCAUUUAAUAUGUAUAGGAGCUCUCAAAAAACUGUGCAACCAUCCCUGCCUUUUGUUCAGUUCUAUAAAGGAAAAAGAAUGUAGCUCAACCAGUGGUGAAAGUGAAGAAAAGCAUCUAUAUGAAGGCUUGAUAAAUCUGUUUCCUGCUGUUUACAACCCUCUCCUGUUUGCUGAGGAGGAGUCGGGAAAACUACAGGUGUUGUUAAAGCUCUUAGCAGUUAUCCGUGAACUUCGUCCUUCCGAAAAAGUGGUUUUGGUGUCUAACUACACACAAACUUUGAACUUAUUACAAGAAGUAUGCACGCGUCAUGGAUAUAGUUAUACAAGGCUUGAUGGACAAACCCCAGUCUCUCAAAGACAGCAGAUUGUUGAUGGCUUCAAUAGUAAAUACUCUGUCGAUUUCAUUUUUUUGUUAAGUUCAAAGGCUGGUGGUGUGGGACUUAAUCUUAUUGGAGGAUCUCACUUAAUUCUCUAUGACAUUGAUUGGAAUCCAGCCAUUGAUAUCCAGGCAAUGUCUAGAGUGUGGAGAGAUGGUCAGAAACAUCCUGUACAUAUUUACAGACUUUUAACCACAGGUACAAUAGAAGAAAAGAUCUACCAGAGACAAAUCAGCAAGCAAGGUCUUUCUGGGGCAGUUAUGGACCUGACCAAGACAUCUGAACAUAUUCAGUUUUCAGUAGAGGAACUUAAGAAUCUGUUCACGUUGCAUGAAAGUGCCCAUUGUGUUACUCAUGACCUGCUUGAUUGUGACUGUGCAAGAGGAAAGGACCGCGCAGAUGAUUCUAUGGAAAAAGACCUUAUAUCUAGAGAUUGUCAGCUUGGUCCAUAUCACCAGAAAUAUAGCUCCAUGAAACCUCUCUCUAUGUCACAACUGAAGCAAUGGAAACAUUUUCCUGCAGAUCAUUUAAACCUUCCAGAUCCUUUUCUUGAAAGGAUAAGAGAAAAUGUAUCAUUCUUUUUCCAGAAUGUAACUAAUCAAGCUACUGCUGUAUCAUGA